GUUGCAUCUGGUUGCUACGACUACAGCAGGGACAAUAAACCCUAUGGAAUCAUUCGCCCUCCGGAAAAUUCCUCUUAAAAAAUGGAGGAGCUACCAAUCUCUCCCUCUGGGAUUCUGAUGCAAACCGACUUCAUCACGCCUGCUCACGAAGAAAAGCUUGUCCACAUCUUCCAGAACGAACUCGAGUGGCCAGAUCGUUCAGGACGCCUCUCCCUGCACUAUGGCUAUACUUUCAGUUACAAGACAUUCGGCAUCGAUGAAGACACACCGUUUAAGCCGUUUCCAGACUGGCUUGUCCCUCUUCUGCCUACAACCGAAGGUCGUCAACCAGAUCAGGUCUGUCUCCAACACUACGCACCCGGUACUGGCAUCCCACCGCACGUCGACACACACAGCACAUACGACCAGCUUUAUGCGCUGUCCCUAGGAGCACCAGUGUUUAUGCAGUUCCGCGACAAGGUGUCGGGUGAGCGGACCGAUGUUGAUUUGGUGCCGAGGAGCAUGCUGCAAAUGAGCGGCGAUUCGAGAUUGCACUGGACACACAGCAUCAAGUCUCGCAAGACGGAUACGUUGUCGGAUGGCACUGUCAGACUACGACAGGAUCGCUGGAGCAUCACCUAUCGUUGGCUUCGUCAGGGUGGCGAGUGCGAGUGUGGCGAUGUGAAUCUGUGCGAUACGGCGCAACGGCGGAUAGGCGUGGAGAGGGAAUACCGGUGGAAACAGUACGAAGCAGACGCGAAGAAAGAUGAACAAAGCACUUCUGAUAACCAGAAUCAAGUUGCAGUAGCGGAAGAAUCAGGGAAGGAUGAGACGAAGGUUUUGAUGAGCAAUGCAACAGUGGUGGAAGAGAAACCAAAUAGUUAGAAUUCAAGUGAAGUUUACUCAAUAACAGCGAGCACCACCCGAAGACGAACUUAGAAAGAAACUACCUGACCUGACCU